GGCCCAGGCCCUCCUGGGAGCUGCCUCCUUCCCAGCCUCGUUCCCUGCUUGGACCAGCCGGCCUAGACCCCUCUCCCUACAAGCUGUGCAGCACAGGGCCAGGAGAAGGGAGAUAAGCACAGCUGUCGCUGCUCUCUCCAUCCCUCGUGCAGGGACGGGCUGAAGAUCAUGGGCAUUUUCAGAGUCGGUGACUUCAUAGCUGAGCAGAAGGACCACUCUCCCCCGCGGGCCUCCCCAGAGCCCAAAGACAGGUCCAACCUCUUUGACAGCCCUCAGACUGUGGCCGGUUGUUUGACCCACCCUGACUGCUACUCAGCUGGGUUGGCACCCAGGGUGGAUUUCUGCUCAGGAGCAAGGGUCCUGUCUGCUGUUUGGUCAGCAGCCGGGAGAGAAAACUGGUCGAGUUGGCUUGUUCCCCAAGUCUGCCCGAGAAGCCCACAAAGUCCUGUUCUGCUCGCGGGGGAGUGGCCCGCUCUUCCAGGUCCCUUCUCCUGAGAGUUCCGGUGCCUCCAGGAUGUCAGCCCCUGACGCUUCCCUGGCAAGUUCCCUUUUCUCCGGUGCCCUCUCUUCCCAACCGCGCCCCGCAUGGCUCCCCUUCUUUCCCGGGGAACAGAAGAGUCCGUUUUCUUAGAUUCAAGAUGUCCCACGACAAGCAUCCAGCACGAUGAAAGAGUACGUCCCACACUGCAAGGAUUCGUGCACAAGCUGGGCCAUCUGCUCCGCGUGUGGAGAGGCAGGGCCCACUCUUGGGGCUUCGAUUCCCUCAGGAAGGACAGAGGCUCUCACCCCAAAUUCACCUUCCUUCCGCAUGUUCAUCUGUGCGGCAGAUACUCACAAGUGGCCUGUUAUGAUCCAGUGCCGUACCAGGCCUGUGACUGCACAGCACAUUCCUUCAUAGUUGACCCGUCAAUUCCACGCAGGAUGUGGUCAGAGAAACACCAGAAAUAGAAACCGUGGUUUGUGGGAGAAAUAAGAAGGUAUUUGGCCUGUUAGCAACCUAUUUGAGUAGAAUCUUAUACAAAAGUCAGUAGAGAAGUAAAAACAAAACUCAAAAUACAGCCCCUGCCCUGAGGCAUUCCCAGCCAGCUAGGAGAAACAGUGUAGACACAUUUUUUGGUUUUAAUGCAUUGGAAACAUUUGCGUAAGAGUAGGCAAACAACUGCACGUUGUGUGGCUAACUUUCAGUUAUUUAGCUCUGGGUGGGAAGGGCCUGUGUGGAUAAUUCAGAAUUUGUUGACAUUCAGCUUGGAAUGUGCUGGAUUUGAAUGCAGGUCUGAGUAAUAUUCUGGAAAUUAUCAUGCUUGGGAGAGUCCAGUCAGAAGUUGCCAUUCCACUGACCCGAGCUCUCUGUCAGCAGCUCUGGCCUCUUUCUCGGAGCCUGCCUGCUGAUGCCACAGUGGGUGGGAAGCAAGUCAGAUGUUUCGGCCUCUGCGGGGUCCCUUGCAGCCCUGACAGACUGUUGGCAUGGAAUGAGCAGAGAUGUGCUAACACCCGACAGGACUUGAGGAGGCCGCGAGAAGGCAUAUGCACUGCCCUGUUCAACUCCCUGGACAUGUCCCGCUCCGUGUCGGUGACGACAGCUGGGCAGUGCCGCCUUGCCCCGCUGAUCCAGGUCAUACUGGAUUGCAGCCACCUCUAUGAUUACACCGUCAAGCUGCUCUUCAAACUCCACUCCUGUCUCCCAGCUGACACCCUGCAAGGCCACCGGGACCGCUUCAUGGAGCAGUUCACAAAGUUGAAAGACCUCUUCUACCGCUCCAGCAACCUACAGUACUUCAAGCGGCUCAUUCAGAUCCCGCAGCUGCCUGAGAACCCACCCAACUUCCUACGAGCCUCUGCCCUAUCAGAACACAUCAGCCCUGUGGUGGUAAUCCCAGCCGAGGCCUCGUCCCCUGACAGCGAGCCCGUCUUAGAGAAGGAUGACCUCAUGGACAUGGAUGCCUCCCAGCAGAAUUUAUUUGACAACAAGUUUGAUGACAUCUUUGGCAGCUCGUUCAGCAGUGAUCCCUUCAAUUUCAACAGUCAAAACGGUGUGAACAAGGAUGAGAAGGAUCACUUAAUCGAGCAGCUGUACAGAGAGCUCAGUGGGCUGAAAGCACAGCUGGAGAACCUGAAGACUGAGAGCCAGCGGGCCGUGCUGCAGCUGAAGGGCCGCAUCAGCGAGCUGGAGGCUGAGCUGGCUGAGCAGCAGCACCUGCGGCAGCAGGCAGCCGACGACAGCGAGUUCCUGCGGGCGGAGCUGGACGAGCUCAAGAAGAAGCGAGAAGACACAGAGAAGGCUCAGCGGAGCCUGACAGAAAUCGAGAGGAAAGCCCAAGCCAAUGAACAGCGGUACAGCAAGCUCAAGGAAAAGUACAGCGAGCUGGUGCAGAGCCACGCUGACCUGCUGCGCAAGAAUGCAGAGGUGACCAAACAGGUGUCUGUGGCCAGACAAGCCCAGGUGGAUCUGGAACGAGAGAAGAAAGAGCUAGAGGAUUCCUUCCAGCGCCUGAGUGAGCAGGCCCAGCGGAAGACUCAAGAACAGACAGAAGUACUAGAGAACUUGAAGCAAGAACUUGCCACCAGCAAACAGGAACUCCACAUUGUCCAGGGCAGCCUGGAAACUUCUGCCCAGUCAGAAGAAAAAUGGGCAACCCAGAUCGCCGAACUAGAGAAGGAGCGAGACAGCUUGCUGAACACCAUGGCUCAUCGAGAGGAGGAAUUAUCUGUUCUUCAGAAACAGUUGGAAGACACCCAGCUCAAACUGUCCAGCACACAGGAAUCUAUGGGUCAGCUCGCAAAGGACCAACGAAAAAUGCUGCUGUUGCAGUCGAGGAAAGCUGCGGAGCAGGUGGUACAAGAGGCCCUGAGGCAGCUGGAGGAGCCCACUCUGAUCAGCUGCGCCGGAUCUGCAGAUCACCUUCUCUCCACGGUCAAGUCUGUUUCCAGCUGCAUUGAGCAACUGGAAAAAAGCUGCAGCCAGUAUCUGGCCUGCCCAGAAGACGUGAGUGGGCUUCUGCACUCAGUCACCCUCCUGGCCCACUUGACCAGUGACACCAUUGUUCACGGUAGCACCACCUGCCUUAGAGCCCCACCGGAGCCUGCGGACUCACUGACCGAGGCCUGUAAGCAGUAUGGCAGGGAAACCCUCAUCUAUCUGGCUUCCGUGGGGGAAGACGGAGCCCUUGAGAAUGCCGACAGCACAGCCUUGAGGGGCUGCCUCAGCGAGAUCACCGCCAUCGGCGAGGAGCUUCUGCCCAGAGGCCUGGACAUCAAACAGGAGGAGCUAGGGGACCUGGUAGACAAGGAGAUGGCCGCCACUUCAGCUGCCAUUGAAACUGCUACAGCCAGAAUAGAGGAGAUGCUCAGCAAAUCCCGAGCGGGAGACACAGGAGUCAAAUUGGAGGUGAACGAAAGGAUUCUUGGUUCCUGUACCAGCCUAAUGCAAGCCAUUCAGGUCCUGAUUGUGGCCUCGAAGGACCUCCAGAGAGAGAUAGUGGAGAGUGGCCGGGGUACAGCAUCCCCGAAGGAGUUUUAUGCCAAGAAUUCUCGAUGGACAGAAGGACUCAUCUCAGCGUCCAAAGCUGUGGGCUGGGGAGCCACUGUCAUGGUGGAUGCAGCCGAUCUGGUGGUACAAGGCAGAGGGAAAUUCGAGGAGCUAAUGGUGUGUUCACAUGAGAUUGCUGCUAGCACAGCCCAGCUUGUGGCUGCAUCCAAGGUAAAAGCUGAUAAGGACAGCCCCAACCUGGCCCAGCUGCAGCAGGCCUCCCGGGGGGUGAACCAGGCCACUGCCGCCGUGGUGGCCUCAACCGUUUCUGGCAAAUCACAGAUUGAGGAGACAGACAACAUGGACUUCUCAAGCAUGACGCUGACCCAGAUCAAACGCCAGGAGAUGGAUUCCCAGGUGAGGGUGCUGGAGCUAGAAAAUGAACUGCAGAAGGAGCGCCAAAAACUGGGAGAGCUUCGAAAAAAGCACUAUGAGCUUGCCGGUGUUGCUGAGGGCUGGGAAGAAGGAACAGAAGCAUCUCCACCUACAGUGCAAGAAGCAGUGACCGAAAAAGAGUAGAGCCACACCAACGCCCCACACAUCAGAGUUCUUUUCAGUUUCAUCAUUUGCACAAACUUGCGAGCGUCAGAGGGCUGGUGGAUUCCAAACCAGGACACUACCCUGAAUCUGUGCGCAGAGUCAGAAGAGCACGAGUGUCCUGGCUAAGAAUGCCAAGGCAGUUCUCCCCACUUUUGGCAGUUCCAUGGAUUCCCACUGCUUCUAAUGGUGGUUGGUUGGGUUUUUUGGUUUUCUUUUUUCAAGUGUCAUUCAUAUAGCCAACUCUCCCAAAGGGAACCCGCCUGGAGCUCUGAGCUCUCAGGGGCCCCUGACCACAGCAGUUAACAGCGAUGGUGCUGCUCAGGCUUCACCUUGGUGCUCCACAUCAGCCUCCACACUGAGUGUCCUGCUGAGCGAGUGCGGGUCAGCCAAGGCCACUCCCCAGGUCGGGCGGAGCUGCUGAGCCACAGCUUUCCUCCAAAGGCAGAAGCAGAGCGAGUGCCUUUCCUUCCUAAAGCUGGAGCUUAGCGGAAAGCCUCUGCCCACCUUCACAAAUGAGAGAAAGGAGGGUGCACACGGGCCAGGUCUCCAGGAGACACCUUUCAUGGGAGCUCCUUGUGACCAGGCUGAAAAACCUUAUCACGUGCUCGAAUGGAGCUGGUGAGAAUAGCUACGUUUCUUCCCCAUGGAAUGAAUUCUCCAUGCCACCUCCUUUCAGACCCAGGCAGGGCCCUAGGAGGGAGUGUGGGCAGGGUUUCCAGUUCCUUUCUCCAAAUGCCUGCCUUGGCAUCCUCUUGAAUCUGAAGACGACAGUUCCAUGUUCUACCUAAUUGACAGACCCAGAAGAUCAGGCAAACUUGCUCCCAGCAGGAAAGAACCCUAUGCUUGGUUUGGUACCUUUAAUAUUUAUUACUAACCUCUGUUAAGCAGCAGCCUACAAAAAGACGCUUGGAAUAAUCAGGAUUUCAGGGGUGACUAUGGCAAGGCUUGUGUUGCUGCCCCAGGACAUCAGUCUUCAAGAAGCGGAAACAAGGCUAAGAUGCCAUCUCGACCUGUUACGGCUUGGAUCCCAAAGCGGGCACGUUCUUCAGAGCAUCUGGGUCAGGGAAAACGAGAAAGGGGGACCAGCCUCAUGUCCCGGGCCCUCGCUGCCCUGUGGACAGGAUGAGGACAGAGGGCGCAUUAACAGCCUCCUGGAGCUGGGCAGCCUGACAGCACUUCUCCACCUCCAAAUGGACCCCAGCAUUUAAGUGACCUUCCAAUCUUGGACAAACAGAAUCUUCCUUCCUUAUCUGUAGCAACUCAUAGGUAGUAGCCGAUAAGCACUUACCAGGACCUGUCCCAGAGGAACAUUGUGAAGUGUUGCUACAUGACAGGUUGUGAGACUUCUGUUUGAUCACUGUGAAUCACCCCAACUCCUUCCUAAAGCCCCUCCACUCCCUCUCUGCAUUUUCUCGGUAGGGCACUCAAACCACUGUCUCCCACUAGCUCGGAUGACAAGACUCAGACCUGUGCUCUCCAUACUGAGCUAAACAGGCGUCAGCAGUAGCAAUUGAGUGCUCUGAUGUUUAUUGCUGCUUUGUGCUCAGCGUUUUUCCAUCCAAGGCUCAGAAGGAGUGCUGUGUGGCAUCCGUGGCCCAGUUGUGCCAAUUAAGCCAAUCAGUGUGUUCUCAGCAUGGAGCAACAUUUCCAGAGGUAGCUAGUCCUCCCUUCCAGAAUCUCAGCCAUUCACACAGUCGUGCUCCAAAUUAACAGCGGGGAAAAAAAUCUAGUAUAUUGGGCCACGUUAGGAUUCUCUGAAUAACACUCCCUCUAAAAAGAAGCCACAGUAAUUUGUACAAGCUUCAUGGGCUUAGCCUGAGUAAUAAAACAGUUAAGAAAGCAGUUAAACAGGAGCACAGGCUCGUUCAGUCUCAUACAAGGAAAUAUCUGUCAGAUAUAAUAUUACUUUCAUCAUUGCUCACAUUAGAAACUAGUCUGUUCUCUAGCCAGAAUUAAAUUGUCCUGCCUUGGCUUUUCUAAAAAUGACUAUAUUAUACUUGGUGUGAAAUUCCUUGAUUAGAACAGGAAUCAUACCCUAAGGCUAAAAAUGAACCUAAGAGCCUUUUAAAUUAGGCCCUGAGCAUCGCUAGUGACUGAAGUCUCAGGGGUCAGCGUAAAUGGGUCAUAACGAGGCAGGACAACAACAAAGCAGUGGCUUAGGAUAGACGAGAGGUUGAAAUAAAGCUGCAUCUGUUAUUUCAUUUUGUAAUACAAUGCUCUAAUACUUCUAGAGUAAGGAUAUGUGUGUACAUAAUAAGGAAAAAUAGAAGUAAAAAACCUACCUUUGUGGGGUUAUUUUGUAUCUGAGCAAGGAGUUUAAAUUUGACUGUAAUUUAGAUUGUUUCCUGAUUCGGCUGCCCACAGCAGGAUCCCGUAUGAAUAUGAGUCCCUAACCCAGUAGCUGGAAGAACCAACAUUGUCCAGAGCAUCCUUUCCUGGAAUUGUUUGAGCUGCCAAGUCAGACACCAGGGUUUAUACCAGGUACCACGGGGGUCACAGAUGCAUGUCAGUCGGUCAGGUUGGUUUGCUCCAGCCUCUCAUGAUGGGGAGCUGUUCUGAGCUUGCUCCUGGGAAGUGCUCACUUCUUGGCCAGCAUCUUGGUCUGGAGGGGUCUACUGGCUCCACUUACCCUGGUCUUUGAUAACUGGUAAAUUUCUUGCUACCUUCUACCACCUUUCCAAGUCUCUGGAAAUCCUCCUGCCAAUGAAAGCCUUCAGUCCCGGCAUUGGCCUUCCAACCGGAUUAGCUUUGCCCUCUCUCCACCAUCCUCGGUCCUCCAGAGACUGCACCACCUAUAGCAUAGAAAGCCACCACCCCGGCCUGCCAGCCAUCAACACAGCAAGCCGGGCCAGCUGUCUGCUGCUCACGUCCUUCGUCUCCCGGGUCCAGACCAAAUACAGGACCAGAACCCACAGUGGUGGCAUAGCCUCUCACCCCAGGAGGCAGAGCAACAUGAAACAGAUGCCGUUGGGUCCAAUUCUAAGAGUAGAUCAUUUCCAGACAUGUCUUUCAGGUGACCCUCAACUACCUCAGGUUUGAAGGCCCUAAAUUAAGCUGAUUACUACUCAUAGGGACAAACCGAGGGGGUUCGGAUAAAUCUUGGUGAUAAUGCAAUUGUCUCAAACUUAUAACAAACUCUUUCACAUUAGGUUUGCAGGGAUGGGGUUGGGUUUGUUUUUCUUCCGUUUUUAACCUUUUCCCCAAUUUUCCAUUAGAAUAGUUCCUAAAAAUGAAUUUCAUUUUUCACUGAGUGCCUACCUUCCCAGGGCAGGUAGCCACUGGCUUUUGUUUCCUUCCAACAAUGCUUUUAUUAUGAUAUUAAGACAUUUCUUUGUAUAAUACAUUGCAUCUGUGUUUUCAAUUUUUCCAAUAAAUAUUUCAACAUGGCAAUGGA